AUGCUGUUUCGCCAUCUGUAUACAGCGAUCGUAGUAGCACAGCUCGCGUUCCCCAGCUGGGCGCUGGUAGCGACUCCGAUCGACCAGCGCAGCGCCCAAGAGGUUGUCGAACAGCUCCAACUAGUGCCCAACGUCGAGAAGGGCUACUACAUUCAGACAUUCCAGGACCCGGUCACAAUUGCCAACCGUUCCCUCAGCACCGCCAUUUACUACCUGCUCGAGGGCACCGCGGGGCAAUCCAUCUGGCAUCGCCUCGACGCAGCCGAGGUAUGGCACUUUUAUGCUGGCGCGCCGCUCACGCUUUCGCUGUCGCACAAUGACGGCGCGCCGGUCCAAAAGCAAGUCUUGGGCCCGGAUGUGUUCAGCGACCAGAGUCCACAGGUGGUCAUUCCGGCUGGCACGUGGCAGAGUGCGCACUCCUUGGGGUCCUGGACGUUGGUUGGCACAACGGUUGCACCAGGCUUCGUCGAAGGCGGAUCCGAGCUCGCCGAGCCUGGCUGGGCGCCGGCGGGCAAUUGCAGCUCAAGCGCGGCUGGGUGA